CGUCCUCGUACAAGAUCCUAACCAAACGAACAGAAACAAAAGCAAUUAGCCGCCCUUCGUUCUCCCUGCAAACGCAAACGAUUCGUUUCGUUCUCUGUCCCUGCGCUGUUCAGAACAACUAAUAAGAGCUCACUGUAUCUUCCCAAUUCACAUUCCCCACUCCCUCUCAGCCACUCGGUUCUCCCUCCUGCUGUCCCCACCAAUCAUGGAGUCGCGAGUGUUGUCACGCGCCACCGCAUUCGCACCGCUACCCUACCAGCGCAAGCCAUCCCACAGAGAAAACGGCGCCGUCUCGUUCGUCUCGGCCCGGCCGAUAGGGGCCGUGAGCGAGGGUGGGAACCUCAUAUGGGGGAGGCAGCUCCGCCCGGCGCUGCUGCUCGAGGCGUCCCCGAUAAAGAGGGAGAUUCUCAAACCGUGCCUCGCCGCGGCCUCGUCGCCGGCUCAAGGAGAUUCCGCCGGGGACGCGAAGGUGGCGCCGAUCGGGUUCUUCGACAAGUACCCGUUUAUCCUCACCGGUUUCUUCUUCUUCAUGUGGUAUUUUCUGAACGUAAUUUUCAACAUCAUGAACAAGAAGAUCUACAAUUACUUUCCGUAUCCAUAUUUUGUGUCGGUCGUGCACUUGGGUGUCGGAGUAGUGUACUGUUUGAUCAGCUGGGCCGUGGGACUUCCCAAACGCGCUCCCAUUGAUGCAAACCUCUUGAAGCUGCUCAUCCCAGUGGCAGUGUGCCAUGCACUUGGCCACGUCACCAGCAACGUCUCGUUUGCAGCCGUUGCUGUCUCCUUCACACAUACAAUCAAAGCUCUUGAGCCAUUCUUCAAUGCUUCUGCUUCGCAAUUUGUCCUCGGACAAUCAAUCCCCUUGUCUCUAUGGCUGUCCCUGGCUCCUGUUGUUAUUGGUGUGUCGAUGGCAUCGCUGACUGAGUUGUCUUUCAACUGGCUUGGCUUCAUUAGUGCUAUGAUUUCAAAUAUCUCCUUCACUUACAGGAGUAUCUAUUCAAAGAAAGCCAUGACUGAUAUGGACAGUACCAAUCUCUAUGCUUAUAUUUCAAUCAUUGCACUCUUCGUCUGCAUUCCACCCGCUCUCAUCUUAGAGGGACCUCAACUGAUCAAGUAUGGCUUCAAUGAUGCAAUUGCCAAAGUAGGACUUGUCAAGUUCGUCACCGAUCUCUUCUGGGUUGGAUUGUUUUACCAUCUCUAUAACCAGUUGGCCACCAACACCCUGGAGAGAGUGGCGCCUCUUACGCACGCAGUUGGAAACGUGCUGAAGCGUGUGUUUGUGAUUGGCUUCUCGAUCGUGGUCUUUGGUAACAAGAUUUCAACACAAACUGGUAUUGGAACUGCCAUUGCAAUUGCAGGAGUGGCAAUCUACUCUUACCUCAAGGCCAAGAUAGAAGAAGAGAAACGACAAGGAAAAGCUGCAUGAGACGGAAUGAAGAACGGACAUGGAGGGAACCAUGCAUUGUAAAUUUCAUAAAUUCCCUUCAGAAGAAAUUGCAAAUUGAGUAUCUGUUAUCUAUGUCAUAGUUUGUUUCCUUUCCUCCUCUCCCCCAACCACCCCCCCCCUCCCCUUCCUUCCUUCCUUCCUCUCCUCCUUCUCUUUCCCUCUUUUUUUCCCCAUUGAUUGAGAGUACAAAGACAUUCUAAUUUGUAAUGGUCAUUUCUUUAUCAUGUUUCUUGUUUACGUGAUUUUUACUUUGUAUUUAUUUCAUUCUCUCAUCAAAGUCACGCAAUUCACUUUA